UUUUGACUCACAGUCCCAAACACUGUCUCCUCUGUGGUCUCUGACCAGAGAGACGUGUGAACAUGUUAAAUGCAAAUUAAAAUAUUUUCCAGUCAAAUUUAUUCUCAGCUACACUCUGUCUGUUACAUUCAUAUUCUUUUCGUAUCAUUUUAACAUCCAGUAAAUUACUAAAUCAUCUGCAGUGCCACAUUUUAAUUACGUUUUAUUUAUAACUCACCAACUCACAAAAACAGUUGCCUCAAGGUGCUUCAUAUUUGAUGGUAAAGACUCCAUAAUAACACUGGUGUGUUGAACACCCACAGCUGUUGCUGCAGUGUGCAUGUUUGUCUGUGUCGUCCACUUGGUCUCCGUCCUCUUUGUUCUCUCUUUAGGACGCUGUUAAUGAACAGGGGAGUGUCACUUUCUCUCUGAGCUGAUCAGGGCCUCUGAACUGUUCUGUGCUCUUCAUUUAAAUCCAGACGUGAUCACAUUUUCAAACUGUAGCUCCUAAACUUUGGAACAACAUGUUUGCUAUCAUUUACAUCAUGUUAACACAAUCAUUUUUACUAAAUGUUAAAAUAAAUGUAAUCUACCAUUAGUCAUGUUUAAAAUGAUGAUGUGAGCCUCUCCCAGCAGUCAUAGGUCAGCUGAGCCAGGCUUAUAUAACUUUUAAUGUAAAGUAGUUUUAUUUCCUGCUGCAGCUGAGAAGGAACAUAUUCUGCUUUCCCAUUGGCUGUGCUUUGCAUACAUACACAUAUAGAUCACAGGUGUUACUGAAACAGUGUAAAUCCAGCAGCUCUGUGUUUGAUCCUCCAUCAGCUCAGCUCUUCACUGUAAUCCAGAUCUCCUAACAUGAUGCUCUGCUCCGGACUCAGCAGCACACUGUUGCUGGCAGCAACGUGUUCACUCAUCACUUCAGGCUUUAGCACUGACGUGACCGCCAUAUCCAGAGGCAGAGUGAUCACCUUUGACAGCAUCAGUGUUCAGCACCUGAAUUGUGAGAGGGGAGUGAUCACUGUGCAGUCAGCUGUGUACAGAUGUGCAGAUACACAAACGUGCUCUCAGAAUGGCACUCAGGACAUCAAGAACAGCUGUGAUGGAAGAAAAGUGUGUGACAUAAAUAUGAACAUCAUCAGUACUUCUGAUCCCGGUGUCUGCACGUACCUGGACACCACCUACACCUGCGUCCCAGAGAUCCACAGUGUAACAUGUGAAGGAUCUCAGGCGAAACUUCAGUGUGGUGAAGGACAGGUUAUAGUCGUCUCCUGGGCGAAUUAUGGUCGCCGUGACACGACCACGUGCCCUGGCCAAUAUACUAUCGCAAAUCUCUACGAUGUUAACUGCUUCUGGUCAGGAAGCAUGGAAUAUGUAACUAACAGGUGUAAUGGGAAAAACAGCUGUACUGUUGAAGAACCAAGCUCAGUAGACCCGUGUGUAAACAUUUAUAAGUACCUGGAGGUGUUUUACACUUGUCAGGCUGGUUCCUGCCCUCGUGCUUGGACUUGGUUUGGAGGUCGCUGUUUCAUCUUUGAUAGCAGUCAGAAGAACUGGACUGAUGCUGAGAGUUCCUGUGAGACACUCGGUGGACAUCUGGCCUCAUUCCACAGCACAGCUGAGUACACCUUCAUCAGAGGGCUCACUUACACAGCAGCAGGGUCAUAUAAAGAAGCUUGGGUUGGAGGCAGAAAGAAUGAAACUGUGUGGAUGUGGAGUGAUGGUUCCAAGUUUGACUUCAUAAACUGGGCCAGUGGAGAACCUGGCAAUCCUGGAGGAAAUAACUGUAUACAGAUAAACUUUCAAGGAGGAGAUUAUGUCAAUGAUAUGGGGUGUAAAUGGAACAGCUCUUCUGUUUGUGUCAGAGACCCAUAACUGCUCCUUCGUGUCCUGACACAUCUGACAUGAAGAUGUCACAUCCUCACUGUUGAUGUCACUUCCAGCAGGAUGUCAAGCCUCGAUGACAUCACUGCUGGAAGAUUUAUUGACAAAUAUGAAUUCCUGUCACAAUAAACUGUCACGGUACUGGGUCGUGUGACCCAGUGUUUGAGUUUUAUUGUAUUUUGUUCUCUAUUCGUGUUCUGGUUUGAGUUUAGUUUACCUUAUUAAGUGCUACGAUGCCUAGAUUGCUGUGUUAGUCCUUUGCUUUGCAGAUCCUUCUGUCUUCUCCCUUCUUCUAAGUCUCCCUGCUUCACGUCUACCUGUCAUGCUUUAUGUCUCUGGGGUGCUCCUUACAUUCAUGUCAUGUCUGCGUCUCAUAAUGUUUCCUGUUUAUUUGGAAGUCUUGUUUCCAUGUUCUGUGUACUUAGCUUUCGCUUCCACUGAGGCGUCAUUAUGUUCAUUCCAGUCAGCUGUUUUCCUCAUGUGUCUCCACUUCCCCCGAUCACCUCGUGUGUGUAUUUAAGCCCUCAGUCUUCCUGAGUCUGUGUUCCCUUCCCCAUGUCUAGGUUCAGAAUUCAUAGUGUCCUUUCAUGUUUUAUAGUAUUUUCAGUGUUCACAGCUUUCAGUCACUCUAGUCUUGUAAUAGUUUAUUCAUAGUUUUCUUAGUCUGGUCUCUACCAGUUUGCUUACUUAAUUUUUGCAUGCUCUCUUAUCAGCCCUAAAU